UACAUAAUCCGCCACAAUGGAAGAGGAGGUUGCUGCCCUCGUUAUCGACAAUGGGUAAGAUGACAUCUCGUCUCACCGACACCCCGAAUCGCGAACCACGCGGUUGCCGACAUGGGACCCUUCGCGGCCCAAAUUCCAUCGACGCCAACAGCAAACGUCCCAGUGUGGAAGAUUGGAGCUAACUCGAGUAUAGUUCGGGUAUGUGCAAAGCCGGGUUUGCCGGUGACGAUGCUCCCCGAGCUGUGUUCCCGUCCAUUGUCGGUCGUCCCCGUCAUCAUGGUAUCAUGAUUGGCAUGGGUCAGAAGGACUCGUACGUCGGUGAUGAGGCACAGUCCAAGCGUGGUAUCCUGACGCUGCGAUAUCCCAUCGAGCACGGUGUCGUCACCAACUGGGACGAUAUGGAGAAGAUUUGGCAUCACACCUUCUACAACGAGCUGCGUGUGGCCCCCGAGGAGCACCCCGUCCUGCUCACCGAGGCCCCCAUCAACCCUAAGUCCAACCGUGAGAAGAUGACGCAGAUCGUCUUCGAGACCUUCAACGCCCCUGCCUUCUACGUCUCCAUUCAGGCCGUCCUGUCUUUGUACGCCUCUGGUCGUACUACCGGUAUCGUACUCGACUCCGGUGAUGGUGUCACCCACGUUGUCCCCAUCUACGAGGGUUUCGCGCUUCCCCAUGCCAUCGCCCGUGUCGACAUGGCUGGACGUGACUUGACCGACUACCUCAUGAAGAUCCUGGCCGAGCGUGGUUACACUUUCUCCACCACUGCUGAGCGAGAAAUCGUUCGUGACAUUAAAGAGAAGCUUUGCUACGUCGCCCUUGACUUUGAGCAGGAGAUCCAGACUGCCGCCCAGAGCUCCAGUUUGGAGAAGUCUUACGAGCUUCCCGACGGUCAGGUCAUUACGAUUGGCAACGAGCGUUUCCGAGCUCCCGAGGCUCUGUUCCAGCCUUCUGUCUUGGGUCUUGAGAGCGGUGGUAUCCACGUCACUACCUACAACUCCAUCAUCAAGUGCGACGUCGAUGUGCGAAAGGACCUUUACGGAAACAUCGUCAUGUCUGGUGGUACUACCAUGUACCCGGGUCUCUCCGACCGUAUGCAGAAAGAGAUCACUGCCCUGGCCCCGUCCUCCAUGAAGAUCAAGAUCAUCGCUCCCCCCGAGCGCAAGUACUCCGUCUGGAUCGGUGGUUCCAUUCUCGCUUCCUUGUCGACCUUCCAGCAGAUGUGGAUCUCCAAGCAGGAAUACGACGAGAGCGGUCCUUCCAUUGUCCACCGCAAGUGCUUCUAAGCGCCUAUUAGCACUCGAGGAUGCGAUUUCUCCCUCUGCCUUCUCACGAGCUUACAAUAGCCCCGACGAGAUGGCGAACCCCGACGUAGAGCUCUCCGUGCCGUUGCUGAAAUGGUCCUCGAGACGAGUCUCAUAUCUACGAAAAGUUCUGGUAAUGGUGGAGAGAUUGGGGCUGUUUUUUAGUCAGCUCCUUGAGAGAAAAGCGGAUAUGAAAUGCUUUGUUUUCAGAAGGCCAUUCAUGCAGGGGAUGAGGUAGACAAUUAUA